UUUACAGGGAGCGGCAAGUCAGGAGGGAUUUUUGAAAAAUAAGAUGUUUACAGCAGCUGUGCUAAACUAGACAACGCACAGUCUUUCACAAUGUUUUCUAUGGCAUAGCGGCGUUACAUUUACUCUCUAUCACAUACCGUCCUCUGCGCACAGAUGGAUACUUUUGGUGAUCAGAACAUAUUUGACUCCCCGUCCAAGCAAAGCUAUGUGGGCAGCUUCUACAUGCCACCGGACAAGUUGACUCUCCACGGUCUGGCGAGGGGGGCUGCUGAGUCCAAACCCCACAGCGGUGCAUUAAUACGGGGCAUCGACGUAGAGGCCUACCAGUGUGUCCCAGAUGCUGGCAGCAGAGCGGUGAUCUCGGCCCUGCGUACGCUGCAGGAGAAGAUGCGUCGUCUGGAGCUGGAGCGAGCUCAGGCCGAGAAGAACGUGGAGCGCUUCAAAGACGCCACGCAGACACACCUCCACCUCAGCCGCAACCCCACCACCACCAAAGCCAAGACUGCCACCAGCAGCAGCAGCAGCAGCAUCAGCAACAGCAUCAGGAACGUGCCCUCCACCACUGCCCCCAGCACUGGUCUCAGCAGAGGCGCCAGUGCAGCCUCAAGCAGCACUCGAGUGCAGGAGCGGGCUUUGCAUCCCAGAGAUACCGAGCUUGUGAUGCAGCUGCAGUCUGCGGAUACGCGCUGUUCCCUGUUGGAGAAGCAGCUGGACUACAUGAAGAAGAUGCUGCGCAGUGUUGGGCAGGCAGAGACGCACAGGGCAGCUCCUCCUCCUCCCCAUGCCAUCUCAAACCCACUGAUGCCUGCCACCAGCAACACACAUCACCCACCCUCUACCACUAACACCUACGUCCAGCCACCUCCUGACAGAAAGGCACAGAAGGAGAACUGCAUAGACGACAUGCAGCUGCAGAUGCAGCUUGAGAAGCUGGACAAGCUGGAGAGGGAGUGCGUCAAGCUCACCAACACACAGUCCCUGGCUGAGAGGAAGAUCCAGCUACUGGAGCGGAAGCUGCAGGAAGAGGAAAAGGAACGCAAGCUCAUCCAGCAGAAAGCUGACGAGCUCCAGAGAGAGCUCCAGAUAAAUCUUCUCUUGCAGUCUGCGUCACUAUCUGAGUCCAAGCCCCCCACCAAGAAGAAGAAGAAGAAGGAAAGAUCACCCACUCAGGAAUCGCAGUCAGCGGCCAAGUUGCCAAUUGCCAAGCGUCCUCCCUUUGUGGCAGGGACUUCUACAAGCCCCAGCCACUCUGUGAGUGCCAACCUGCAGGCCCUGCUGCGCCAGCACCUGCAGGGCCAGCUGGUGGAGAGGCCCGGCGGCCGCCGCAGGCUAGCACGGGAGUGGGAGCGCAACUGGUGGCUGGACUACGGCGAGGACCAGGGGGAACGCGACUCUGGAGGCCAGCAGCAGCAGCAGCAGCAGCAGAAUCAGACCAGAUCCGCAGCCCGGCCGAGAUCGGAGGACUCGGGGGAGAGAUUGGGGAGAAAGGGGCGCGGAGGGGAUCGGGGUCAGGGGCCGAGAGAGCACUCGCCCCCCAGCACGGAGAACUCGCCCCCCAGCAUGGAGCCCUCUCCCCCGGACUGCCUCUCCCAGCUGCUCCUGGCUCUGCAGGACGAGCUGGGCCAAAUGAGCUUUGAACACCAGGAGCUGGUGUGUCAGAUCUCGGACACGCGGAGUGGGCGAGUGCGAGAGGACCUGGAGCGAGAACUAGACGCUUUGGUCAAGAGGAUGGAGGACAAGGCAACACAGAUCACACAGCUGCGCAAACACCAGAAAACAGUGGAGAAGCUGAGGCGCUCGCCACAGAGCCCCAAGAAGCAGCCGCCAGCCCUGGGGUCAAAGGUCACGAAGCUGGGGGUCACCGGGGUGCACAAGCGAAGCCCCGCCUCUAGGAAGACACGCCCACUCAGCGGCUCUCACAGCCGCCACUCCCGACUGCUCAAAGACGACAUCGUUUGGGAAAACUGAAACACAAUGCACACAUACACACACGCACCUUUGCACUAUAAUAGGGUGAAUACUCAUGGUAAAGCCCUACACAUUCACAGGGGCACCGUUGGGUAAAAUUAUCUUUGUGUGUGUAUGUGUUUGUCUGCACGUCUGGACACAGGGCAAUGAAUUUUGUAUUUAAUAAAUGUUGACCGCUGCAGUAAGCAAGUAGUAUGUAUUACAUGA